AUGCACGACUUUGGGCGGACGGAGCGGCAAACGGAAGCCGGGGAAGAUUUGAAGCACCUACAAGAGCCAUUGGCCACGUCGGCAUCUGUGAUGCCAAUAAAUGCCUCCUUUACUGCUGUGGGUGGUGGUACUUCCACUUCUCCCACACCGUGUCUCAUGAGUCAAUUUCUGCAUUUUUUAGGGGACUGUUACAAUCACAUUGACGCCCCACUGGAUUCUGCGCUUCAACAGAGCGUGGAACUCGCACGGUUUGUUGAAUCUACCCAGUGCCAAGAUUUUCUCCCACGGCAGCAGCAACAAGUACGAUGGGGGCUCUGGGAGUUGCUGCGGGAUGAGAAGGCAAGAGAGGUGAGUCUCUUGGAAAUGGAAAAACAGGUACGCCUGUAUGGAGGGUCAACACGCCUGGGAAGAAAACGGGAAUUUGGUUCCUAUGUGAAUCCAAGCCGAGAGGCGUUAGGGAACGUUGUAGGAAGUAGCGGGGGUCUUGGUCAGGGCGGUGUGGUGAAUGUGGUUUUUGGCUCAGCGUGGCAUGAAUUGAACGAGGUGGAUGAAGACGCUCUUCUUGAGACGUUACGGACUCGUGGGCGGUAUCAUGCACGUCUCCCACGGCACGCCAGUCAUUGCCAGCGACGCAUUGGUUGCAGAAAGAACUCCUCCUCCUCACAGUCGUCAUCGGCAUCCCAGUUGACGUCCUCCCUUCCACCUCGCCCAAAUGACUCUCGUUUUAUGACCGUCAUGGGAGUUAUGAAGAACAACACACCACAGACGGAAUCGUCCAGUGGCUCCAAUACUUUUGCUGAGGUGAAUAUGAUGCAGUCCGAUGACCCAUGCGUCGUUCUUGGCACCGUGGAGACCCUCACACCUGGAUGCUCCCUUUGCAUCGCGCAAGGCCUCAUUCAAGGCUGUUGGGUGAGUUUGCAUCUCUUGCAGUUAGUGAAUGUGGUGAGCACUGCCCAUCUCUGCGCCGCUCCACUACUCGUGCCGAACGAAGCCUUAUCCACAUCACCACAAGAAGCUCUAUGCGUCGGGUACCAUGUUGCGCAGCAACAAUUAAAAGUGGCUGUGGGGUUUCUUUUUUCUGUUUCUGCUUCAACGUCUGCAUCCAUACAGUCGACAUCUGCUAUACAGCGAGAGCAAGCAAAAAAUUCUACGGUAGAUGAUGAAAAGAAACAUCAUGCUAAAGUUGUAAGGGUUAUGGAGUUGCUGGCAAGGCAGGGUCUUGACGUCUGUGUCCAUCUUCUGGCGGCACUACGGCUUCUGGAACCAGAAAACGCGUAUGUAGUCCUCCUGCACGCCGCUGUACUAUCCUUUUGUGACCGAAACGGUGUUCACAAGGCCAAGCAGCUUUUGCGUCGCUUUAUAGCAUCAUCCCCAGUAUUUUCCGAGAGAAAAACAAUGGAGAAAGGAGAUUUUGAUAUGUAUGAUAUGUGGCUUCAAUUUGAGGCUGCAUUAGGGGAGGAAGAUGUUAUGAGGUCAGACAGCGAACGGAUAAUGUUGCUGCUGGAGCAAGUGGUGACGGGUAUUCUUUUUUCAGUAUUUCUUGAGCUGCUGGAGAUGAAGGAACGGCCACUAGUGAUCAUGCGUAUUCCAUAUGCAAGCGGGGACGACACAAUAGCAAAAAAAACGGUGGAAUCGUCAAUUGCGAUGUGCCUUCGGGCUCGUGACGUCCUUGACAAAAUUGUGCAGCCGCGUCUAUUCAAGUUGUGCGACGCCGCUGAUGGCGCUAUUGGCACCCGUGCACGCCAAUCGCAGUCACUCUGUUGGCUACUGCGCGGAACUCUAUGUCACAUUCUUACUGCGCUCUCUCUAGCGCCUGGAACGGCUUCUAUGUUUUCUCACACGUACGCUGCGGAUGAAGCGUUGGCAUGUACACGUGAAGCAGUGAAGCGAAGUGAUGCGGCACGGGAAUUUGUGGGUCACCCACUUGCUCCCGCGUGGGUAGAACAAAUGCUCAAUGGGCCUAAUAAGGGAGAAGGAAGGGGAGAGGCAACGCAUGGGGGGAACAACGCACCUUUCCUUCAUGCGGAGGAAAUCGGUGGGGACACCUUUUACGAGUGGCGUCUGCGCGUGGAAGGGGACGCUGGUGCAGCUAACACGAAGAAGGAAGCGAAUGAAAUUUGCAGUGUUUAUGCUCACAGUGUGGAUGACGCUGAUAAUAAUGAGGAUAAUGAUAAUGGUGGCGUUGACGUGCUCCCAGCGCAUGAGCGUGUAACAGAUGUCGCUCUUCUGCCGCCGCCGGCAAUGCGGUUGUGGUUUGUACUGGCGCAGACACUCUUCCGUAGCACCUCGGCGGACCUUGUCAUUGCUCGCUCUCGUGACAGCGAUGGUGCCGAAAAGAGAGAUGGGGACACUUGCAGGGAGAGCCUGGAGGCUUCCGCAGUGCCCUCUAUGUGCCAAACCGGCGCCACCUUGGCGAGUCACACGGGGGACGUCGCAUCACUUGCCCCGCAGCACAGAAAAAUGAAGUCCAAGAAGGGCCUCGCGGCACAGCGGGCGGUCAUGGCAGAGCGGGAAAACGUCAGGAAAGUAAUGGAGGCACGUCGUCUCACGGAGCAGUCGCCACUCGGUUUUUGGUGGCGCUGGCAGGAGGCGAUGACGCAUUACUGCCUGUUGUCUGUGAAAACAGACACGACGCAAACAUCGUUGUUGAGGCGUUAUCGUCACCUGUUGACUUCCGUCGCCGGGGAAGGAGCCACGCUGACGACCUUCAUGCGUGCCCUCGCGAUAACACACCCAAUUUUGCCCAGCGAGAGCUGGACGUUUGUGGCGACCCAUUUUUUCCCCUACUCAUUGCUGCCAUCCAAGCAGACGCCGAUGCGGGAGGAGGGAAGCAAACAUGCCGGGCCUUCACUGGAAAUCGUUGACGUGAGGCUGCGGGAGGCGUGGCAGUGCUACGAACUUCAGUGUGUGCAGCCCGCCAUUGCAGCAACGACGGUGCCGACAGACGAAGAAAACACACGCCACACCACAACGUCGUCUGCGGUGCAACCAAACGACGAUCGUCCCUUUCAGCAGCGGACCAAACAAGAAGUUUCAGUUAAAGCGGCGACUCUGCCGCGUCCUACGAGGGGCAUGGCACAGCUGACGAAUGCGAUUGCCAAACCAACUUCUUUGCAAACGUCAUCGCUGUCGCAGCUCAAAACAACUGAGGAACCACAGCUUGCAGUCCUUCCCGCGGCAACGACAACAGCGAAGGCUCUAGGAAUGGCUUUGACACUUUGCCGCAAGAAGCAGCAGAAAGAAAACAACAACAACAACAAAAAAAAAACAACAGGGAUCGUGAAGGGGGAAGCAACUAGCAUGUAG